AUGGCGGAUGGAUUCCGGAGACCCGACCCACUCGUCUUUGACGGUAACAUCGCAGAGAACUGGCGAAUAUUCGAACAGGAAUAUGACAUUUUCAUCGCGGCGGCACACUAUGACAAGCCAGCACGCACACGAGCAUACAUUCUCCUCAAUAUAGCGGGACCAGAGGCCAUCGAGCGCGAGAGGUCUUUCGUCUAUGCGGCUGAAGUGAGGGGUCCUGGCGUGGAUGCGCCCAUCAUCACUCAUGCUGAGUCUAAAGAAGACCCGGAGUUUGAGAUCCAAACAGAAUACAGCGAUCUCUUCUCUGAUGAGCUUGGAAAGCUACCUGUGACGUACUCCAUGACUCUCGACCCGGAUAUAAAACCAGUCGUUCGUCCUGCACAUCGCAUACCUUUGGCUAUGAAAGACAGAGUCAAAGCUGAACUCGACAAGAUGCAGGAACUGGGCGUCAUUAUUCCUGUCUCAGAGCCCACUGAUUGGGUGUCCUCUAUGGUAGCCACUAACAAAAAGGACAAACAAGAAAUCAGGAUAUGCAUUAAUCCAAGAGACUUGAACACUGCUCUGAAAAGACCACACCAUCCUAUGCGUACUGUGGAAGAAGUCGCUACACACAUGUCAAAAGCAACUAUGUUUUCUGUAUUGGAUGCAAAGAGAUCCUUCUGGCAGGUUCCACUCGACCAUAAGUCUUCCAUGUUAACCACUUUCAGCUCCCCUUUUGGUCGUUACAGAUUUCUAAGAAUGCCAUUUGGAAUCAAUUCUGCCAGCGAGGUGUUCCAGCGCUCCAUGGAACAGAUCUUCGCUGGAUACCCCUGUGAAAUCAUCGUUGAUGAUAUCAUUAUUGCAGGUAAAGAUGUUGCAGAGCACGACGCCAACCUGAGAAAAGUGCUUAACAGGGUCAGGGAGGUUAAUUUAAGGCUUAACCCCCUCAAGUGCAAGUUCAGGCUAAGCCAAGUCGGCUAUGUCGGCCAUGUUUUCACCAGUGAAGGACUCAAAGCAGAUCCUUCCAAAACAAGUGCUAUUAGUGAGAUGCCAGUGCCAGCAGACGUCCCAGCCUUGCAAAGAUUUCUGGGGAUGGUCAACUACCUUGGAAAGUUCAUACCAAACUUCAGCCAGCUGUCAGCUCCACUACGGCAGCUCACACAUAAAGACACAGAAUGGACAUGGCAUGAACAGCAGCAGAAAGCUUUUGAAGAUUUAAAGAAACGCAUGUCUUGCCCACCGGUGUUGCUAUACUAUGAUGUUGACAAGCCAGUGACACUUACCUGUGACGCUUCACAGUACGGACUCGGUGCAGCGUGUUUGCAGGAAGGAAAACCCGUAGCGUAUGCUUCGCGUACGCUAACUGAAACGGAAACCAGAUAUGCUCAAAUCGAAAAAGAGCUGUUGGCAGUGGUCUUUGCAUGUUCAAAAUUCAAUGACUAUAUCUAUGGUAAACCAGUCACUAUUGAAACAGACCACCAGCCCCUCGUCACCAUACUAAAAAAGCCCAUACACACAGCACCUGCAAGACUACAAAGAAUGAUGCUACGACUACAAAAGUACGACAUCACUCUUGUGUACAAAUGCGGAAAGCAAAUGUUCCUGGCUGACACUUUGUCGCGAGCUCCCCGCAGCUCCACAGUUCAGCAAGCUGAAGAAGAGGACAACUUCGACGUAAUGACUGUUAACUACAUAUCUUCUUCUCACUUAGAAGAGUUAGAGAGGCACACCGCUGAAGACAUGACUCUGCAAACACUCAGCACCACUGUCAGACACGGGUGGCCCGCUAAACAGCAUAAUCUUCCACAUGCCAUUAGACCGUAUUUUCCUUUCAGAGACGAACUGAUUGUUGAAAAUGGAGUCAUAAUGAAGGGUCACAAAGCAGUUAUUCCUCUGUCACUACAGAAAGAAUACAUCAGCAUCAUGCACAGAGGACAUCCUGGUGAAGAAGCUACAAAGCGGAGAGCAUGUGGCAUUGUUUUCUGGCCAAAUAUGACAGACAACAUUCACACAGAAAUACAGUCAUGCUCUGUAUGUAACAGCACAAAACCACACCAGCAGAAAGAACCACUCCAUCUGCAUCCAGUUCCAGACCUGCCGUGGUCAACUGUAGCAACUGACAUCUUUGAGUGGCACAAUCAGCAAUACUUAGUGCUAGUGGACUCAUACUCAGGCUGGUAUGAGAUAGACAUGCUUCGUGAUAUCACUGCAGCAACAGUCAUUGCAAAGCUGAAAAGACAUUUCUCAGUUCAUGGAGCACCUCACACACUCAUGUCAGACAAUGGAAGGCAGUUUACUAGCCAGCGCUUUAAAGACUUUGCCUCACAGUGGGACUUCACUCAUAUUACCAGCAGCCCUGAGUAUCCCCAGUCCAACGGGCUAGCUGAACGGGCUGUGCGCAGUGCGAAGUAG